UAGUCUUUCAAAUAUGUUAUUUAGCUUUGUUCUCUUAGCUAAUCUGAAAUAUGCGCGUUUUAUUAACUAGGCGUUUUGCCAAGUUUUUGCUAGCAAACUUUUCUGAACUCACGGUUUUAGGGGCAAUGUUUGACUAUUAGCUAAUUAUAGUUCAACUGAUGUUUCCAGAAAAUCUGCUCAUUUUGCUAGACGUAAAAAGCCUUAAAAUAUAGUUGCAAUUUAAACGCAAUUAUUGGUCCUAAUACCAUCCAGGGGAACAUUGGACCGCAUGCUGCACUGCUGCUAGCUUGAAUUUUAUCCCUGACCCUCCCCGUUGGCCAGUUUGUGUGUCUUCCGUUAAUCCCAGCUAGAGAUGGCGACCACCAUCAGAUUUGGAAGCACAAGUGGCCCGUGCAAGACUGCUGCAGCUGAGAGAGCGCAGCUGGCAGAGGAAACUGAUGAAAAAGGAAACUGUGACCCAGACAAACUUCUGCAGUGCCCUUUUGACAAGAACCACCAGAUCCGGGUCUGCCGCUUCCCUUACCAUCUUAUAAAGUGCAGGAAGAAUCAUCCACAACUGGCCAGUGAGCUAAAAACCUGCCCUUUUAAUGCUCGCCACCUGGUUCCCAAGCAUGAGCUGAUGCGCCAUACUGAAACCUGUGAGGACAGACAAUCGGUGGACACUGAAGACGGUGGAAGCACAAAUGGACAUUGUAAAUGGCAAGUCCCAGUCAGUACUUGGGUAAACCCAAACACAUCUGAGGACUGGGACAAAGAGGCUGAUGAUACUGCUGCUCCAUUUGUGUGGGGUGUAAACACAGCCUUGGAUCAAAAACUGGAGAUGAAGCCCAUUAUCAAUCUUGGUCCAAGUUUUAGACCACCUAAUACCCUCCCAUGGUCUGGGAUAUAAGCCAUAAUUUGUGCUUACUGUAUAUCCAAAUAGAAACUUAACAUAGGCCUAUUGAAUGUAUGCGUGCAUGGAUAUUUCAUUUUAAAGUUGUUCUUAAGUUUUUGCUCAGUUUAAAGUUUUUAAUUUGCACAACUGUAUCUAAAUUUUCCCAUCUAGGAUCUAGGUUGCAGCAAUCUUGUUUUUAGUCCCUAAGUACCCUAAAUGCAGAUUAUAGUGAGUUAAAUGGCAGAUACACACUAGUGCCUCAUUUUUUCUGUAUUGGUGUGCUUUUUAUAUUAAAGGUGUUGUUUUUUUCAAAUAA